CAUCCAAUCCCACCUCGCAUUCUGCUCCUCUUACACUUGCAUCUGCAACCUCACCAAGCUUUAACCACACAAAGUGACCAUGGCUGUCAAAAAAGAGCCAGUUGAUAUUCCCACCUUUGCCACCACCCAACUCGCCCUUCUUGAACAAGAACUUCAGACAGAGAUCAAUGAGACAAGCACCCUCAUCUCCAACCACAGCCCGACAGCCCUUCAGCGAGCUGGCCUUGCUCUUAUAAACCUUGUUGUCUCGGGCCAACGUACGGGCCUCGGAGGCCGAACAGUUCUUGAACUCUCUCCGGAUGCCGCCACGGGCUCACCUGACGAAUUACCUGAGCAUGGCUUGCGCACCGGGGAUAUCGUUCUUGUCGCUGAGCAGCCGGCAGGAAGCGCUAAAAAGCGUGAAGUGAAAGAUUUAGAGAAAAAAGGAGCGAGAGGUGUUGUUACCAGAGUGAGCAGAGGAUGGAUUGCUGUUGCGAUUGAUGAGGGGAAGGAAGAAGUUGGCUUCACGGGGAGAGUAUGGGCUGUCAAAUUGGCAGACGAAGUGACCUACAAAAGGUAUGUUGAGUGAUCUCCUUCAUGAUGAACAGUGAUCACACCAUUAACCAUCUCCCUUGAAGAAUGAACUGGGCGAUGGAGAAACUAAACAAGAUGAAUGAGUCGGAAUAUUCUGGUUUCAUCAGAGUUCUAUUCGGCUUGUCGAGCCCAUUGCCAAUUGCCGAAGACUUAUCAAAAGAUGAAAACGUGGGCAAUCUCGAGUGGUUUGAUCCAACACUCAACGACUCGCAAA